AUGAACACCAAUAUCGAAUAUGAGCAGCUGAUAGUUCGGGCGAAUGUUCUUCGUGGGGAACUCCAUCCUGGAAUCGAAACUGUGUUGAAUGACAUGAUCAGGUUCAAGGUGCACAUCGAGAAGAGGCUGGAAGAUUACGAGAGCUUUGUUGCGGAUGAAGUCGAGCAGGAGCUCGGAGGGGACAACGCAGCAAAAACUUCCAACUGGCAUUCGUCUGACCAAAUUUGCUUGGUAGAUCCCUUAAAAGCUGGGGUCGGGACUCCCGAAGCAAGGCAAGGAGGCAAUGAGGUGAUGAGGUAA